CAUACAGAGAAUCAUCUCAACUAUAAUAGACGACAUGGCACCUUUAAUGUUACUCAUGAUUGUUGGUUUGGCUUCAGUUUAUGGAGUUCAGAGUGAGAGUGUUUUGAGUAAAGAAGCUGAUUUUUUCAAGAAUUUGUUCCAUCCCAGAGUUGCAGAGGAAAAAGCUUGUACAGAUUGUCUGAAAUUUAUCGGUGAUAUCAAAACUGUCAUGGCCAGUCAACCUUUCGCUGCUCAAAUAGCUUCCCAGGUAGAUAUGGGAUGUGCUUUAGUUGGUUCUGUUGAGGCCCAGUGUAAACAAAUGGUAAUUGCUUUGAUUCAUUCGGCUUUAACUUUUGUAUCCAACUUCGCCAACCCACAAAUAACCUGUGAUAUGCUGGCUUUCUGUUUACCAACUCCUCCACCUAAACAACUUCAAUGGUAGAUGAUAAGUGAUAAAACUAGAGAGAAGAGAAUGAUAAUGAACCUGGUGAUAAAGAAAUUAUUGGGUCUUUUUAAAUAAAUAUCUGUCUGGUUACCAUGU